ACGCUAUCCCAUCGAGACAAAAAUAUCCCCCACCCACGACGAGCGCCAGCAGCAGCAGCAGCAGCAGCAGCAGCCAUGGGGAUAGCCGUGGUCGCUCCCGUCGCGGCGGCCUCCUCCUCCUACCUCGGGGCGCCGCCGAGGCGCGCCGCAGCGCCGGCGCGCGCCCACGUCUCGGCCGCCGGGAUGUCCGCGAGGGCGUCUUUCGGGACCGGGCUCGCGGGGGCGGCCGCGUCGGUGGCCGCGCGGCCGAGGAGGAGGGCCGGCUCGGGGGGCGGCGGGGCGCUCGGGUGCAAGUGCCUGUUCGGGCUCGGGGUGCCUGAGCUCGCGGUUAUCGCCGGCGUCGCCGCGCUCGUGUUCGGGCCCAAGCAGCUCCCCGAGAUCGGCCGCAACAUCGGCAAGACCGUCAAGAGCUUCCAGCAGGCGGCUAAGGAGUUUGAAACUGAACUGAAGAAAGAGCCUGGGGAAGGCGGCGAUGAGCCCCCGCCUGCAACCCCCACGGCGGUAGGCGAUGGGGAGGAGAAAAAGGGGGCUUGAGGCAUCGUCUAGUAGCAAGGAGCACACAUGAGGAUCCAUCUUGUUAGCGUUCUGUAUGUACAACUGUAUUCUGGGCUUCUGGAGUUAGCAGCAAAUGCCUGCCCGUUUAUUUUGGUCACCUUGCAGUUUCAGGCCACAUAGCGAUAUUGUUUGUAGUUUUGUACCCGGGAAGAACAACUUUUCUGUGAAAGAUGUCGUGUUAUUCAAUAAAUAUGAGGCUUACCUUGAGCAUUAUUCA